GUCUCUGAGUGCUGUGCCACGCCCUACUCCCUGCUGGGCCUGACGUCUGUGGUGUCUUACCUGGCCCUGGGGCUGCUCAGCUUCACCAAGUUCUACCUGGGGGGUUACACUGCAGUACAGAAUGACAACGUGAUGCACAGGUGAGCUGGGGGUUGGGUUACACAUAGGAGGCGUCUAGGACCGAGGCCCAAAUGCCCUAUGCCCUAUGCCCUAUGUAGUGCUCUACUGGGGCCCAUAUUCAAUCUGUAUCGGAUAUUCUUCACCAGCAGAACCGCUGCGUUCCAAAUGGUACCCUAUUCUCUUUUGCCUCUGGUCAUAAAACAGUUUAGUGUUUAGUGAAUAGGGUACCAUUUGGGACACUGGUGAAGAAUAUUCAAUACAGAAUUCAGCAAAACUACUUUACUCUGUUUCAUUAUGUGGUUGAAUGUCUCUCAGGACCAUCAUUACAAAUAUUAUUGUGUGUCUGUGUGUCUGUGUGUGUGUCUGUGUGUCUGUGUCUCUGUGUGUCUGUGUGUCUGUUUCCUCUGUGUGUGUGUGUGUCUUUGUUGUGUCUGUGUGUGUGUGUGUCUCUGUGUCUGUGUGUGUGUCUGUGUCUCUGUGUGUGUCUCUGUGUGUGUGUGUGUGUGUGUCUCUGUGUGUCUGUGUGUGUGUGUGUGUCUCUGUGUGUGUGUGUGUGUCCCCACCAGAGGUGUGGCUGAGGGUGUAACGUUGCUACUGCUGGCUCUCCAGACGGGUCUGUUAGACAUGCAGGCUCUGCAGCGCACCUUCCUCCUCAGUAUCAUCCUCUUCGUCGUCAUCACCUCCACUCUGCAGUCCAUGAUAGAGAUCACAGACCCCAUCAUCCUGGCCCUGGGGGCAUCUAGAAACAGGUACAGUCUAAUCCCAUCAUCCUGGCCCUGGGGGCAUCUAGAAACAGGUACAGUCUAAUCCCAUCAUCCUGGCCCUGGGGGCAUCUAGAAACAGGUACAGUCUAAUCCCAUCAUCCUGGCCCUGGGGGCAUCUAGAAACAGGUACAGUCUAAUCCCAUCAUCCUGGGCCCUGGGGGCAUCUAGAAACAGGUACAGUCUAAUCCCAUCAUCCUGGCCCUGGGGGCAUCUAGAAACAGGUACAGUCUAAUCCCAUCAUCCUGGGCCCUGGGGGCAUCUAGAAACAGGUACAGUCUAAUCCCAUCAUCCUGGCCCUGGGGGCAUCUAGAAACAGGUACAGUCUAAUCCCAUCAUCCUGGCCCUGGGGGCAUCUAGAAACAGGUACAGUCAACAUCCAAGCUUAAGAGCAUUCACACAUGUUCUGGCACAAAACCGAUGUAAUUGCAAAAUCAUAUGUAUCGUUGUACACACAUUUACUCACAACUAGUCACAGCCAACAGGUCCAAUGGAAGUUUCAGUCAUUUAGCAGACUUACAGUAGUGAGGGUAUACAUCUUUCAUACCUUUUCCUACUGGUCCCCCGUCGGAAUCGAACCCACAACCCUGCAAGUGCCAUGCUAUACCAAGUCAGGGCUGCUGUCCUUAAUGGUAAUGGCCAGUGAUGCCCUUCCUCUCUCGCUCCUCUUUGUGCCUAUAGGAGUCUAUGGUGAUGAUGUCUCUCUCACUCUCUCUGAGCUGGUCUCUCUCUCUCUCUCGCUCUCUCUUCUCUCUCUCUCUCUCUGGUCUCUCUUCUCUCUCUCUCUCUCUAUCUCUCUCUCUCUGGUCUCGUCGACUCUCAUUAUCUAUGUAUCUUCUCUCUCUCUGGGCUUGUCUCUCUCUCUCUCUCUCUUCUCUCUCUGCGGUCUAUCUCUCCUCUCUCUCAUUCUGGUCUCUAGCUCUCUCUUCUCUCUCUUCUCUCUCUCAUCUCUCUCUCUCUCUAUACUGGUCUCGCUCUCUCUCUCUCUAUCUCUGGUUCUUCGCUCUCUCUCUCAUCUGUCUCUCUCUCUUCUGGGCUUGUCUUAUCUCUAUUCUCUCUCUCUCUCUCUCUCUGGUCUUCUCUCUCUUCGUCUUCUUUUCUCUGGUUCUCUCUCUACUCUCUCUCUCUCUCUCGUCUCUGGUCUCUCUCUCUCUCUUCUCUCUUCUCUCUCUCUCUCUCUCUCUCUCUCUCUCUCUCUCUCUGGUCUCUCGCUCUCUCUCUCCUCUCUCUGAGCUGCUCUCUCUCUCUCUCUCUCUCUGAGCUGGUCUUUCUCUCUCUCUCUCUCUCUCUGAGCUGGUCCCUCUCUCUCUGAGCUGGCCUCAAUUCAAUUCAAUAGACUUUAUUGACAUGGCAAGUUAAAUUACUUUCAUGUCAAAGUAUACAUAUAACAAAAAUGGUGGGACCAACAGCAAUAAUAAUAGUAGUAGUGGAAAUGGGAUUACCAUUAACAGCAACUACAACAACAAUAUUAAUGAGAAUAACAAUACAUUAAAGCAAUAGUAGUAGACCAGUCUCAACAUGACUGAGAAGACACAUGGUAUGAAAGACAAAACUAAACUAAACAGGAAAUAUUAUUGACAUCACAUUGCACUUUUCACUGGCUGUCCCUCAGGUUGUGGCAGGAGGACACAUAUUUGGCUGCCAAAACUGCACAUUUUGUAUUUUCACCCAAUAAAUAUUUGAUAGUUUCAAAUUCUUUGUACUGAAUGAUAAUUUAGGGAAAGAAAGAUUCUCUUAGGUCUGUGUAUUUGUCACAGUGUAAUAGGAAAUGCAGCUCUGUCUCUACCUCUCCCGGGGGGCAGAGUGAGCACAGCCUGUCCUCUCUGGGCAGCCAGGUUUGCCUGUGGACGACCGGUCUCUAUAGCCAGACUGUGCUCACUGAGUCUGUACCUAGUCAGUGUUUUCCUCAGUUUUCUAUCAGUCACAGUGGUCAGAUAGUCUGCCACCAUGUACUGUCUGUUUAGAGCCAAAUAGCAUUGAAGUUUACUUUGAUUUUUUGUGGUGUCUUUCCAAUAGGUGAUAUAUUUUUCUUUUUGCUUUGUGAUGAUUUGGUUGGGCCAGAUUUUCUGAGUGCUGUCCUGAGGCUCUAUGAGGUUGGUUUUGGUUAGUGAACUGAGCCUCAGAACCAGCUGGCUGAGGGGACUCUUCUCUUGUUUCAUCUCUUGACAUAGUAGAGCUGUGUGAUGGAAUGUUUUGGGGUCACUUGUUUUUAGAUGGUUGUAAAAUUUGAUGGCUCUUUUUUCUAUUUGAAUAAGGAGGGGGUAUUGGCCCAAUUCUGCUCAACAUGCGUUAUUUUGAGUUUUUCUUUGCACUUGCAAUACAGUCUUGCAAAACUCUGCUUGCAGUAUUUCGAUUGGAUGUUUGUCCCAUUUGGUAAAUUCAGUAUUAGAGAGCGGACCCCAUACUUCGCUGCCAUAUAGAGCUAAUUGGUUCUAUAACUGAUUGGAACAUUUUGAGCCAGAUUAUCUAUCUCGCUCUCUCUCUCUCUCUCUCUCUCUCUCAAUUUUCAAUUUAAGGGCUUUAUUGGCAUGGGAAACAUAUGUUAACAUUGCCAAAGCAAGGGAAAUAGAUAAUAAACAAAAGUGAAGUAAUCAAUAAAUAUUAACAGUAAACAUUACACUCAGAAGUUCCAAUGGAAUAGAAACGUUUCAAAUGGCCUCCUGUAGCUCAGUUGGUAGAGCAUGGCGCUUCCGAUUCCCACGGGGGGCCAGUAUGAAAAAAAUGUAUGCACUCACUAACUGUAAGUCGCUCUGGAUAAGAGCGUCUGCUAAAUGAUGUAAAAUGUAAAAUGUAUAUACAGUGUUAUAAUGAUGUGCAAAAUGUCUCUCUCUCUGUCUCUCUCUCUCUCUGUCUCUCUCGGUCUCUGUCUCUCUCUCUCUCUCUCUCUCUGUCUCUCUCUCUGUCUCUCUCUCUCUCUCUCUCUCUCUGUCUCUCUCGGUCUCUCUCGGUCUCUGUCUCUCUCUCUCUGUCUCUCUCUGUCUUUGUCUCUCUCUCUGUCUCUGUCUCUCUCUGUCUCUCUCGGUCUCUCUCUCUGUCUCUGUCUCUCUCUGUCUCUCUCUCUGUCUCUCUCUGUCUCUCUCGGUCUCUCUCUCUCUCUCUCUCUCUCUCUAGGAGUCUAUGGAAACACUUCCGAGGUCUCAGUAUGUGUCUGGUCUUGCUGGUGUUCCCAGGAUACAUGGCAUAUCAAAUCUCCCAGUUCUUCCACAUGGACUUCUGGCUCCUCAUCCUGGUUUCCAGCUGCAUGCUCACCUCUCUGCAGGUUAGACCCACUCCCAUAACUGUAGUCAUGUCUUUGUCUUCAGCUCUUAGUAGGCUCUGUUCUCUUACCCGUAAGAAAUGAAUGAAACCACGUUCAGUCUAGAAAUGAAUGAUAAACGUUGUUGUUCCAUCUGGUCUCCUAGGUGACAGGUACCCUGAUGAUCUACUCACUCUUCAUUGGUGAGCUGUUCUGUACUGACCCUAUAGACAGCCUGGACGAGAUCAUCUAUUGGGUCAAUGCAGGUAACACAAGAUACCUGUCCUGUACACUAAAUGUCCUAUCUCACUUCCUGUAAUAUCCUGGCCUGAACACCUGGCUGUACGCACCUGUUCCCGAUCACCGUCCUGUAGGUACCUUUCCUGUACUCACCUGUCCUUAGGGCCCUUUCCUGUAACAGUCCGAACCUGUUGUACCACCUGUCCUGUAAACUUCCGACCUCCUGCCUGUACCCCGGGCCUGCCAACUGUUUUAAAUCCCCUUUGGGGAAACCCUUUCUUCCCCCACCUUCCUUUAAGGGUACCUUCCCUUGAAUCCCCGCCCUGAUUCCCUUUCCCCUGUACUCACCUUUCCUGAAACUGUCUGUCCCUACCGUCCUGUUCCCUGUCCUUAGGAAACCUGUUUGAAAAACCACUGCCUGAAAACCCUGUCCGUCCCCUUUCCCUUUGGGGGAACACCGCCCUGUAUUUUUGAACCCCCCUUUUUAUGUUACCUGUCCUGCCCCCGGUAGGCCCGGUCAUUCCUUAUACCUUCUGUAGGUCCCUUUCCCUGUCCUUUCCCUUAAAAAAGGGAACCUUUAAAAAAAAAAGGGGCCGGGAAGGAGGAAUUUUUUAGGGGGGAAGGAAUGGGAAAAGCCGGGGGACGGGGGGAAAAAAAAAAAAAGGGGAAAAAAAAGGGGGAAGGGGGUUGGAGGAAAGGGGGGAAAGGGGGAGGAGGGCCCCCCAAACCCCCCAAAAGGGCCGCCGCCCUCUCCGUCCUUACCCCCCCCUUCCUUUCCCCUCCUCCCUCUUUUUCCACCCCUUUUUCUCCUCUCCUCUCCUUCGGGUCCUUUUUGGGAAAAGCGUCCGAGGAACCUCCGGGGUCCUUCCCCUGUUUUUUUUAACCUUCCCUUCCCCCCCUCCCUCCCUUGGCCCCCUGUCCUUUUUUUUUUGGGGGCCUGUUGGGGAAAACCUGCCGGAGGAAAAAGGGGGGGUUUUUGGGGGGGGGGCCCCUUGUACUCCCUUUCCUCUCCUUCCUUUUUUGGGGAAAACCUGGUCCUGGCCCGGGUGGGGAACCGUCCUGGGGGUCCCGUCUUUUUUGGAGGAACCCCUGGGGAAGGAGCCCGGGCGAGAGGAGGGGCCCCGCCUAGCGCCCCGGGGAAAAAACCCUGUGGGGAUUUGUUUUUAGGCCGGGGCUUUGGGGGGGUUUUUUUCCCCCCCUUCUUUUCCCUUUUUCCCCUUUUGGGCCGCCUUUCCCCUCUCUUUUUUCCCCCUUUCCCCUUCCCCUUCCCUUUCCCCCUUUCUCCUCCCCUUCCCCUCCUCUCCUUUUGGGCCCCCCUUCCCCUCCCCCUUCCUGUUCCUGUCCUGCCCGUCCUUUCCGUCCAAACAUUUGCUUUGUUAUCACGUGACUUUGCGAUCCUGCUUUUUUGGGCCCUUUUUACGGACUGAUGAGAUGGGGUUUGUUGUCCUAGUUACUAUUUAAGAAAAGGGCACUUGGUAAGAGCCUUAAAGACUAAAAGUAAAUGUCCCCCCCGUAGCCGCGUGCUGGAGUUCGUGGUGGCCCUCUGCGUGGUGGCCUACGGGACCUGGGAGUCACUGUAUGGGGAGUGGAGCUGGAUGGGGGCCUCCAUCAUCAUUAUACACUCCUACUUCAACGUGUGGCUCAGAGCCCAGACCGGCUGGAGGAGCUUCCUGCUUAGACAGGAAGCAGCCAAGAAGAUCAACUCCCUCCCCCGGGCCACGGCCAAUCAGUUGCAGCGACACAACGACGUUUGUGCCAUCUGCUUCCAGGUCAGUCAUUAAACACAGUAUGGUACCUUAUCCCCUAUGGAGCCUGGUCAAAAAGUAGUGCACUACGAAGGGAACAGGGUGCUAUUUAAGACAUCUCUAUGCAUGUCUGGUCAUGGGCCAUCUGCUUCCAGGUCAGUCAGGUUCAUGCGUCAUGGUGGCUCGUGGUCCUCUGUAGCUCGGCUGGUAGAGCCAAGGUAGUGGGUUCGAUCCCCGGGACCACCCAUACACAAAAAUGUAUGCACGCAUGACUGUAAGUCGCUUUGGAUAAAAGCGUCUGCUAAAUGGCUUACUAUUAUUAUUAUUAUUAUUAUUAUUAUUAUUAUAAUAGAGGGUGGUGUCUAUACUGGUCAAUGGUUUAACCUGUUCUGUCAAUAUGUUUAGGCUACCAUAAUAACCCCAAUAAAUGCACCAUGAACUCAAUGAUGAUAACAUCAAUCAUGCAUGAUUUCUCCCCAUAAAAAAAUAGGAGAAUUUUCUAAGCCAGGUUUAUAACUAAUAGUUACCGCGUUACUUUUCUCUUCAGAGCAAGGGCCGACCCGCUCGUUAGGCAGGUUUAGGAGGUCGCCUGUGGUGGCAGAUUGACGAGGGGGGCAUUUCCUGACCUGAACUGACCAAGACGCACCUCCAACAACACAUAAAACCCCACAUAAUUCUGCCCCAAAAACAAUAACAAUUUCUCCCAACCAGUGGCAUAUGGGCUUUUUAGGUGAGCGCUGAUGCCGCCCUGUGAUGAGCAGUGCCCACUUUGUCAAAGGCAGGGAAGCAAAAUAUUGAUCUAGUCCAUUCCCAGUAAGCCUCUCCAGGGAAGCAAAAUAUUGAUCUAGUCCAUUCCCAGUAAGCCUCUCCAGGGAAGCAAAAUAUUGAUCUUGUCCAUUCCCAGUAAGCCUCUCCAGGGAAGCAAAAUAUAUAUCUAGUCCAUUCCCAGUAAGCCUCUCCAGGGAAGCAAAAUAUAUAUCUAGUCCAUUCCCAGUAAGCCUCUCCAGGGAAGCAAAAUAUUGAUCUAGUCCAUUCCCAGUAAGCCUCUCCAGGGAAGCAAAAUAUUGAUCUAGUCCAUUCCCAGUAAGCCUCUCCAGGGAAGCAAAAUAUUGAUCUAGUCCAUUCCCAGUAAGCCUCUCCAGGGAAGCAAAAUAUUGAUCUAGUCCAUUCCCAGUAAGCCUCUCCAGGGAAGCAAAAUAUUGAUCUAGUCCAUUCCCAGUAAGCCUCUCCAGGGAAGCAAAAUAUUGAUCUAGUCCAUUCCCAGUAAGCCUCUCCAGGGAAGCAAAAUAUUGAUCUAGUCCAUUCCCAGUAAGCCUCUCCAGGGAAGCAAAAUAUUGAUCUAGUCCAUUCCCAGUAAGCCUCUCCAGGGAAGCAAAAUAUUGAUCUAGUCCAUUCCCAGUAAGCCUCUCCAGGGAAGCAAAAUAUUGAUCUAGUCCAUUCCCAGUAAGCCUCUCCAGGGAAGCAAAAUAUUGAUCUAGUCCAUUCCCAGUAAGCCUCUCCAGGGAAGCAAAAUAUUGAUCUAGUCCAUUCCCAGUAAGCCUCUCCAGGGAAGCAAAAUAUUGAUCUAGUCCAUUCCCAGUAAGCCUCUCCAGGGUGCUGUUGGAGAAACGCAUCGCUGCGGCGCUCCACCAACAUUUCCGUCCCCAAAAAUGAAUCUAACAUAAAUCAUGUAGCGGAUUUAGGAUAUGGUAGAAAGAGUGUGGCCUUUUCUGACACCUACAGACUGGAGAUAAAAUGGAUGAAUAUGGAAUGAGACACAUUAAAAAAAUUAAACAUUAGGGAGAGUUAGCCUACAUAUAACCCCCCUGGGCGGCAGGUAGCUUAGCGGUUAAGAGCGUUGUGCCAGUAACCGAAAGGUCGCUGGUUCUAAUCCCAGAGCCGACUAGGUGAAAAAUCUGUCGACGUGCCCUUGAGCAAGGCACUUAACCCUAAUUGCUCCUGUAAGUCGCUCUGGAUAAGAGCGUCUGCUAAAUGACUAAAAUGUAAAAUGUAAUGAGACGGACACUUUUUACAUCAUGCAGGUUUCUAUGAUCAAACAGCCUGAUCUAAAUGGCGCCCAAUCAAAAAUAAACGUGCUGACAUGUUAACAAACAACGUAUCCUAAAAACAGGACCGGUCAAAGUAACAUGGACGAUAUGGAAUGCACAAUCAGGCUACUCACAACUGCUGUCCAGGAGUUUCAUCCCGUGGGCUAAACUGUUAUGAUCAGUGGUUUCAAGUUUGUAUCCCUACAUUUUUGACAAGCUGAUCAUAGUGAAAAAAUCAAAUACUUCUGCAUUUCCCGCUGUGUAAACACAUUAAUUCUUAUUGCAAAUAGGCUCAGGAUAACUCCUCCUGAUAAAGUUGGGUAGCUGAUAUUCAGAGCUUAAAUAGCCAAACGGAUUAGUCACAUGAAUCAGGACUAGUGAAGUCAAUGCAACUGCCUGUUUUACAAAUGGUGGGUCGACCACAUGGAUGGGCAUUCAUAACAUUCCAUUGUGGGCUGACAUGGUAGGCUAUACACCGGUAAGCACCGACCGAUGCAGACGUCUUUUUUUGGUCCUGUCCAGACCGGCUGUCUUUUUUUGGUCCUGUCCAGACCGGCUGUCUUUUUUUGGUCCUGUCCAGACCGGCUGUCUUUUUUUGGUCCUGUCCAGACCGGCUGUCUUUUGUUGGUCCUGUCCAGACCGGCUGUCUUUUUUUGGUCCUGUCCAGACCGGCUGUCUUUUGUUGGUCCUGUCCAGACUAGCCUUGAUUUCCACGUCGACUUCCAUGUCUAUGUCUGGUUCUGAUAUUGUCUGGUCUGGACCGGCCUUGAUAUGUCUGGUUCAGGUUUUGUCUGGUCUGGACCAGCCUUGAUUUGGCCCAAAUGUAGAGUUCUAUAAAUUACGUUGUUUCAAAACCAAAAAUUAACCUGAUUUCAACUUCCGGAAAAUAUGUAUUUUCAACUUUCAUUCAGAACAUAAAUAUAACGUUACUUCGACGUCUGGAAAAGACGUCUUUUAGACGUCUUUUUUUUGUAUUGCCGAGGGCAGCAGAACGGCCAGGACCGGCCCUGGUUCAGAGAGUUGGUUAAAGAUGUUUCUGGGAGAGCUUGGAGAGAGUUUUGAGUUUAGUUAGUUCUUGUUAGUUCAUUUGAGUAAUACACACAUUUCCUCUUCUACAGGAAAUGAGCUCAGCCGUGCUGACGUACUGCGGACAUUUCUUCCAUGGAAACUGCCUGCGUAAGUGGCUCUACGUCCAGGAGACUUGCCCCAUGUGCCACCAGGCCGUCGGCCCCACCCCGCCAGCCCCAGCCCCAGCCCCAGCCCCAGGCCACGCGGCAGGAGACUUCCAGGCUGCUCCUCCGGCCUCCAGAGGGACUGAGCCAGGCCGGGCAGCGGAGAGGAGAGGCUCCAGAGACCAGCCUCCAGCUAACCUGCCACCCCCAGGCUCCCCAGAUCAGCAGGAGGGGGCAGACAGCCUGGGAGAGGGGGCAGACAGCCUGGGAGAGGGGACAGACAGCCUGGGAGAGGGGGCAGACAGCCUGGGAGAGGGGGCAGACAGCCUGGGAGAGGGGGCAGACAGCCUGGGAGAGGGAACCAGUGGUUUAGAUAGAGGACAGACCAGGACGCCCACGUAGGAAGCCUGUCCAGGGUCUUCACUUCAGCUCCACCGGGGGACUUUGUAGGCUUGGUCAGCCCAGGCUCCAGCUGCUCUUCUGGGGGUAGUCCUAGUCCAGGGAACCAGAGCCUGGAGCCUUGGGAUGGAGCACAUCCUACCAACAGGUACAACGGUGGAGGGGUUGACUGCAGAAUCAAAGGACCGUUAGUGCAAUCUACUCCCAGAGAGCAGAACGGCAGAGUAUUGACUAGAGUGAAUGGGGCUACACAGGAACUGCAGGAC